GCCGUGCAGCUACCUGAGCCCCGGGUCUCGCGAGACUAGCGAAUCACGUGUGUGAAGUGCCGCCCUGCCCGACGGACCCGGGUCGUCACGUGAGAGGGGAGGAUGGGGCUGUGCGGGCGGGGCUGGAGGUGCCUCGGGGUCCUUCGGCUGCCGUGCGGGGCUGCCGGAUCGGGCCCCCGCCUGCUCAGUGUCUGGGCCCGAGGCGCUGGGGAGCCCCUGGCCCGGGGGGGCUCGGCCUGCGGCCGGUGCCCUCGAACCGGGCCCCCGCGCCGCCAGGCCUGGCCUGGCUUCCAGCAGGCGCGAGGGGCGGCGCGCCCCAACCCCUUCGCGCGGGCCCAGGAGCAGGAGUGGAGACGCAGGAACAGGACCGUCCUGACCUACGUCGCCGCCGCGGCCGUGGGCAUGGUGGGCAUGUCCUACGCGGCCGUGCCGCUCUACCGCCUCUACUGCCAGGCUACUGGACUAGGUGGGUCAGCAGUAGCAGGCCAUGAUUCAGACCAGAUUGAGACUAUGGAACCUGUUAAAGAUCGCAUCAUUAAGGUCACUUUCAAUGCUGAUGUGCAUGCAAGUCUACACUGGAAUUUUAGACCUCAGCAAACAGAAAUAUAUGUUGUACCAGGAGAGACUGCACUGGCAUUUUACAAAGCAAAGAAUUCUACAGACAAACCAGUUAUUGGAAUCUCUACAUAUAAUGUGGUUCCUUUUGAAGCAGGACAGUAUUUCAAUAAAAUACAAUGCUUUUGUUUUGAAGAACAGCGGCUUAAUCCCCAAGAGGAAGUGGACAUGCCUGUAUUUUUCUUCAUAGAUCCUGAAUUUGCUGAAGACCCAAGAAUGGCCAAUGUUGAUCUGAUCACUCUUUCUUACACUUUUUUUGAAGCAAAAGGAGGACACAAAUUGCCACUCCCAGGUUAUCAAUAAUAUACUAUCUAUACAACGAAUGAGUAGUUUCUCUGGUACCUGGCAGCAAAACACAUUCUUCCAAAGACACAAGGAGGAUAUGAAACACCACAUGGAACUACUGUACAAUAUGAAUUUGUAUUUUAAAUUAUUAAACCAUGACAGAGAUGCUCUUAA